AUGCUCAUGUAUCCGAGCUUGCUGGCUUCGAUUUGGCUUCCAGGGCAAUUCGAGUUGACUUCGAGACUCCGAAGGGAAGAGGCUGCCGCCAAACAAUCGCAAACUUUUCAGCGUGGCAAACUAUCGUACAUUGUCAGUCAAGCUAGUCAAGGCCGUUGCAAGGCCGUCCUCAAAGUCCGCCGCGCUCAUCACCUUCCAAAGAUUCAAGUCUCAAGCCGUUGGUCCGUUGCAUUGUGCAAUAGGGCUGACAGAGGUGCCGCCGCAUCUAUUGUCGGGUCUGUAGCUGCUGCCAAGUGCUACAGUAGCUAUCAGUGCUACCAGGCUCUCAUAGACAGGGAUUGGGAACUUCGGUCAAUCUUUGCACCACACUUGCCAAUUGAAACAUCCCCGCACCAGUCUAUUCACGGGGACAAGAGAGAAGGCCACUAUCAACGGCGAUGCCACAUAACUCCUCGCCAUGAGAAUGCGCCACCUUCCUUCCAUUCCCUUGUGUCAUGGGCAAACGGAGAUCGGAAGGAGGGAGAGGCGAAAUAUUCGAAGGAGGAUGAGCGGGGAGAACAGGCGGUUACGGCGGUUGUGUUGGGUGUGUCGGAGGAGAAAAGCGGAGGAGAGACGGAGUCAGGUAUUGACAAGAGGCAUAAAUGGACACUACAACAUCCGCAAGUAGUCACAAGGAACGCAAUCGCCAGGCCCUUAAACACCGCCGCCCGUUCACACAGGAGUUUUAAGAGCUGGUCGUCCACUGUGCUGGAGCACAACCCGAUGUUCUGA